AUGAAUGCCCUCGUUCAAUCCUCCCUAUCCAGCGUCGAAUCCAAGCUCAAUGCUCUCCUGACAACUCUCACUACGUCUCCCGCCGCCGCAGGGGCACCAGCUGCUGCACUCGCCCUUCUCGAUGCAGACGACGCACUAUCCUCAGCCAUUGAGACCCUGCGGAAACACCAAGAGAACUACGCAAAAAUUUUACGACUCCGAUCAGAAGCACAGCAAUUGGAGGAUCGAGUCAAGGGCAUUGUGAGGGAGAUUGAAGAGUUCGACAAGGAGGCCCAAACGGCAUGCGGCGAUGACGGAGAAAGCGACAGCGACUCUGAUUCAACGGAGGACGACGACGAAGAUAAAAUCUCGGCGCCCAAAGGCAUAAACGAGAUUGACUACAAAUUGCUUCUUGAUUUUGCCCGUCGCAUCAGCAAAUACAACCAUGAAGCCGCGGCAGAUGCUGGCAGCGGUAUUGGAAAGCGCCUGGAGACUCAAAAGCAAAUCGCCGAUCGAGACGUGACCAUGGGAGGCACUAACGGAGAGCCGACAGCGGAGGAGAGAGAGCCGGUAUCGUCGGUCACGAAGAACGCGACGCAAUGGCUGGAUGAUUCCGCAAAUGUCACUCGCGAAGUCUACAUGCUCCCAUAUCCGACCGAGGAGCGUAUACGCAUGGGCUUAAUGGGCCAGGUUCAGCUUGCGGCUGGCGAGGAUGCUGAUAAGGAAGUGGAUCGAUUGAUACGCGAAGCUCAAGGACUGGGCGCUGCGGAAGGUCCAGCUCCAGCUCCGGUGGAGGACAGCACUCGGCAGGCAGACGAGGCUGCGAAAGCCGCUGUACACGCAGGCUCAUCGGCCAGUGGGGCACCGAGAGCGGCUGCACCAGCCCAACCAAAAGCAAAACCCAAGGCUUUGCUUGACCUUGACCUUUACGACCCUGAUGAUGACGAUAUCUAA